AUGAUUUACGAACAAGGUACGUUUUAAUAUUCAUAAUGAACGGGUAAUAUAAAUAAUACAAUAAUUUAAAAAAAAAAAUGUAUUAAUUUAGAUAAAAUCCAUAAUUUACCAGAGCGUCAAUUUUCUGAAAAGACUGAUAAAUCAAUAAAAAAUUAUAGCGAGACAUCCGGUGCCAUCCAACAACGAAUUAAGCGGUUUCAAACAAAUUUACACGAAAUACACGAACAAGAAACAUUAGUGACAUGCAAGUUAAAUAAUGGGAUAAAAGAACUAAAUAAUCAAAUAAAAAGACUCUAUGUCGGUUUAACGCGGUUAGAUGCUCGAGUUAAUAGAAUAAAACGAGGACUGAACGAACAAAAAGCGAUUGCCGACUGUGUACAAAUGAAAGACAAACUUAAAAACAUUUACGUUGAACUAAAUCGAAUAUUCAAAACUUUAUCGAUGAUGGACGAAAAUGGAAUAUGCCGUUGUAAAUGUCCGUUAGAUAUUACUAGUAUUACUAGUACUAAACUAACACACGUAACUGAUAUACCGUUCGAGUUAACAACGUUCGGUUCGGAGAAUACCGAUGAUGCACAAUUUAUUAGUAGUAAUCCGACUGAAAAAACGAAGCAAUUAAAAAAAAUUGUACUGUCCAAUUAUGAACCUCAAAAUGCAGUACAUAAUUAUAUGAAAAUUACGCCCAGAAGCAUUUUUACCGACAAGGAAAUUAUCGUUAAAACAACAGACAAAGGACACGAUUUCACUACGUCAAUAACUAUAACUGAUACCACUACUACUACGGAAGAAAAUAUCAAAACCACGGAAAUAAAAGAAGACAUGUCUCCAGCAAUGUCGAAUACAGUUACUAAUUUUGUAGAUUUUAACAAUAACAAUAAUGCUCAAACAGUUGAACCACGACCUUUUACUACCGAGACACCGACAAGUACAACUGCAGAAAGUAUGGAUUUAAACGAAACUACUGAAAUUACUAAUUUAAAUUAUGACGGAACAACACAAAAGGAAAGUUUAAAUAAAAAUUUAGUAUCAAAAUUAACGACCGUAAAUGAAAAUGUUUUAGAAUUUAAUACAGAAACAUCGGUUUCUAAAAAAUAUGAUCAUAAAACUGAAGUUACAAGGGAUUUCGAAUUAACAAUCACAAAUGACAGUAUUUUAAAGUCAACUACAGAAGUAUCGAAUUCUGAAAAAAAUUAUAACAAUGCUUAUAUCACUGAAGAAUUCUCUUAUGAAUUAAUAAAUAAAAGUGAAGAUAUUUCCGAAUUUACCACGGAACUAUCGGUUACUAAAAAAUAUGAAACCAACACGGGGAACAUCAAUAAUACAGAUAUUACUUUGAAAUUAACAAAUGAAAACUACAAUACUAAAGAAUCUUCAUCAACUAUGUCUAUGUCGAUUUCCGAUACGAAUAAUGUUAAAGGAAGAACAUCUUUGGAAGUUCAAGGUGAACUAAAGGACGAAAAACAAUUUAAUCAAUCGACAAUGAGUAAUACGAACCAAUAUGUUUGGUAUCCAGUAUGCUUUUAUCCAGUACCGUGUACACAAAAUGCAUCGAAUCACCAAAAAACUAUUCAAAACGUUAGUAAAAACACGAUACUGUAUUCCGCACAAUCGCUGAAAACUUAUAAAAAAAAAACACCUAUUACCGAUGCCACAAUAAUUCAAAAUAGUUAUCCAAUAAUAUCAUAUUGUCCUGUAGAUAUGGUUUGUUCAAAGACCGAUUUUGUAAAAGAAGGAAAUAUAACUAUGUUACACUGUAUGUUACAGCCCACAUUUUAUAGGUCUAUAAAUAUAAACACAAAUACUAUAAAUACCCCAUACCGACAUAACUACGAAUAUAAUAAAACAAAAAGCUCGGUCACGGUGGAAUCUAAACUUUCAAGAGAAAGCGACGAAAUUUUAAUAGGUAAAAAAUUAAUAUUGUAUAGUUUAUAAAAGUAAAAAUCUAAUCAAGAAAUUAUGUUUUUAUUAUUACUAUUUUUUUUUUUUUUUUUUUUUUUUUUUUUUUUUUUUUUUUAGGUAAUGUGAAAUGUCCUUUAAAUACGUUCCCAUGUGUGGACAAUCUCGGGUGUGUGGACACACAAAACUGGUGUGACGGCAGAAUACACUGUAACGAUGCGAGUGACGAAAGUCAAUGUAAUUGUAAAGAAAGAAUAGACAGGGACAAAUUGUGUGACGGAUAUUAUGAUUGCCCGAGUGGAGAAGACGAACUGGGUUGUUUUGGUACAUAAUUAAGGGUAUUAAAUCACCAUAAAUGCUAAUUUAAUUGAGUGUUCUAUUUAUGUAGGCUGUAAUAAUGAAACAUUUAGCUGCGGCGAUUGGGAUAUAGUUUCACAGCGUUCUAGCUGUUUUGAGAGAAAAAAUCGCUGUGAUUACAUCAACCAUUGUCCCAACGGUCGUGAUGAAGACGAGUGUACUUUGCUAUCGAGAGAUCUCGAAAAUCAAAAUCAAGUGAGUUUUUGUAUAGAAAUAAAAAAAAAAUAUAUUUAUAUACAGUGUCCCACGAUGAUUUGCCACUUGAAAUUACUUUUGUUCCGUUCAACAUUUUUGAUAUAUAUAUAUAUAUAUUUUAUUUUUUAAUAAUUAGUAUACAGUUUAUAUAUAAAUAUUUUUUUUUAAAGGGGACUUAAUGUAAAUAAAAAAAAAUCAUUUUGUAAAAUAGAUUUUUAGAUAAUUUUUGGUAGUUGAAACUUUUGUUAAAAUAUGGUAUUUUAUUUUUUACGAUUUUUUGAAGGUUUUGCAAAUGUAAAUAUUACCUAUUGUGGGUAUUCUAUUACAAUAUUUAAUCAGUUAUUAAUUAGGGUAUACGCCAAGGAUUUUCUUUUCCAUGAGUUAAUAUCGUGCAAUAUUAUCAUAUUAUAAAUAAUGGGUAUUGGAAAAGUAAAUCAAUAUUGGUAAUUUAUGUUGAUAAACAAUAUUGUUAUGAUUGAAAAGAAAAUUAUUCAAAUUUUCAAAAAUCGUAGAAAAUAAAAGACCAUACAUUAACAAAAGUUUCAAACACCAACAAUUUUCUAAAAAUCUAUUUUACAAAAUGACUAUUACAAAUUUUUUAUUUAGGGUCCAUCUACCUCUAAAAAAAAAAAAAAAUAUUCAUAUUUUAACUGAAGAGCAGAGGCAUACUUAUUAUUUAAAAAAAAUAUAUUCAUCGAAAAUAUUGAAUAAAACAAGUUAUUUCAAGUGGCAGAUCAUCAUGGGACACCCUGUAUAUAUUGGUAAAUUGGUAUACGUUGUAUAUUAUAACUAUAUAAAUUUGCGUCAUGUUAUGUCCUAGAUAUUUUUCAUUUCGUAUUCGUCCGGUUAUCUACAUCACAAUUGGAAAGGAAAUUGGUACCCAGUAUGUGAUGACGAUAGAAUUGGAACUCGGGCUGAAAAAACCUGUAUAACUGAAUCCGGAGAAAAAUCCAAGUACCUACCUAUAUAAUAUUAUACAAUUAUUGUAAACAAAUAUCGUUUGUCGAAUUAUAAUUUAUAAACAAAUAUAUUUACUUUGCGAUAACAGGCCAAAUAGUAUACAAUAUAUUGUAAACGAACCGAUCUCUUACAAUGGGCUUUACAUCAGCAUCGACGGAAACAAUCACAUCUCGUUGCUUGAUUCGUGCAAGCAUCAAGGGGUUCUAGUGGAAUGCGAACCAGAGGUCUGCGGUAUACGGUCCGAUUUGAAAUUCAAUAAAAAUAUCGAUCCCGACCGAAUGAAAAGAAACCAAUACUCUGAAUACUCGAAUAACAUUACAUCGCGAUACGCGAGGUCCAAAGACCCUAGAGUAGUAGGUGGCAUUGCCAGCAACCCGGGUGCGUGGCCAUGGCUCAUAGCACUCUACCAGGAUGGCAUAUUUCAUUGCGGAGGUGUUAUUUUAAGUGAUAAAUGGGUGUUGACCGCAGCGCACUGCGUUAAUCAGUGAGUAUCUAUCGAAUUAUUCAAUCUUGUUAUAUAUAUAUAUAUAUAUACAAAGUGAUUUUUUUAUCAUGGACCAGCAAUUUUUUCGGGGAAUUUUAAAUGAAUUUGACUUCUGUUUUUUUUUAAUCAUUAUGUAAUCGGUUAAGCUUUUUAAAACCAUUUUUAAUUUUUUAAUCCUACUCUACAAAACCUUAAAUACUUAAAUACUUUUGUUUUUCAAAUAUGAAUCCCCCUUUUUGAACACAGAUUUGAAAAGAGAAAAUUUGUCUAGAAAUGUUGAUAUGCAUAACGCCAUAACACUAAUAUUAGAUUUACCGUUUAUAAGUUAUAACCGUUUAAAGUUUAAACUGGAGGAAUAGGGAAGAGUUAUAGAGGUGCAAUUUAUUACCCUACUCCAUUCCUCCAGUCUAAACUUUAAACGGUUAUAACUUAAAAAUGGUAAAUCAAAUAUUAGUGUAAUGCAUAUCAACAUUUCUAGAAAAAUAUUCUUUAUUCAAAUCUGUGUUCAAAAAAGAGGGGGGGUUCAUAUUUGAACAACAAAAGUGUAUACUUAUUCAAGGUUUAUGAAGUAGGAGUAAAAAACUAAAAAUGGUUUUAAAGCGCUUAACCGAUUCCAUAAUGGUUAAAAAAAAACCAGAAAUCAAUUUCAUUUAAAAUCCCCGAGAAAAUUGCUGGUCCAUGAUAAAAAAAAUCAUUCUGUAUAUUGCAUAUACGUUUAAAAUGUUCUAUUAUAUAAUAUAGGUACCAGAAACAUUUUUAUGAAGUACAGGCAGGAAUAUUACGAAGGUUUUCGUUUUCACCCAUGGAACAAUUGCGAAUAGUUACGCACGUAAUUGUCCAUACUCAGUAUAGUAGAAGUACGAUGGUGAACGAUUUAGCAGUAUUAAGAUUAGAACACGGUCUAGAAUUCAACCGUUGGAUUCGUCCGGUUUGUUUGCCCGAUAAUAAAUUGAAUUGGAUUCCGUAUCCGGGAACAAUAUGCACAGCUGUAGGAUGGGGAGCUACAGUUGAACACGGACCGGACCGUAAGCCAAUCACUAUAUACAUUUUUUCUCAUUUGCUCUCGGUCAUUGAGACCACGCUGCUAAACAGAUUCCUCUCCAUUUAUCUCUAUCUUCUGAAGCUAUCCUUCAUGACACAUCUGUCUUAUUUUUCCCACAUCGGCUCUCACACAAUCUUCCAAUCUUCUUUAAUCUCCCUAGAAGAGGUCUCUUCUUAUCUUCUACCACGUAUGCCCUGCCAACAUCAACCUCCUUCUCCUAAUCUCCAAUGAAAUGUCCGGUGUCUGGAAGAAUGCUUCAAGUUCACGGUUGUGCCGUUUUCGCCAUUCUCUCGUGUGGUUAUCAAAGCAGGGACUUUUAGUCUAGUCUCCUCGGUUUUCCUAAGUGGCCAUGUCUCUGAGACAUUUAGCAAUAUAGACUUUCAGCCUGGCACACCAAAGGACCCUUGAUCUUUUUUCUGAGGCCCCAUCCCCAUGGUUUAAUAUAAUGUUAAAAAUGUAUAUCAAUAUAAAACAAUAUUCAUUAUACAGUGUGUCCCAGAUUUAUUUGACAAAUGCAAUAAUUUUUGUUUUAUUCAUUAUUUAUCACUUAAAAAAAAAAAAUAUUACAAUAUUUUGCUACAACAAUAAUGUUUUAAAAUAUUUUUUUUAUUUUUGGACUCAAAAUUUAAAAUUUAAGAGUAAAAUUGUAUAAAAAAAUGAAAAUAAUUAUUUUGUAAACCCAAUUUUUUGAAAAUUUGUAAUGUUUAUUUUUCUAAUAAAUGUUAAUCCAUUCAUUUUUUAAGUUUAUGAAAAAUUGUAUGAAAUUGCAUAUUUAUCUUAUAAUAACCUACACUUCUCUUAUCUUACUCCAUGCUUAUCAUAUAAUUUUAAUGUAAACACACAAUUUUACAAACAUUUGCACAAACAUAACAUUUGUAAAAAGUCAACAGAUUAAAAUUUAUUAGAACUGUAAGCACCUAAACUUUUCAAAACAUUAGUUAACUAUACAAGUCACUAUAUAAUUUACUAUUAAAAGAAAAAUAAGAAAAUAUGUAAUAAUUUUAAGAUAUUUCAGCGGAUAAUAUGCGUGAAGUAGAAGUACCAAUACUUGCCGAGUGUACACACAAAACUGACAUAGACGGCGGUGAAAUAUGUGCUGGAUAUUUGAGCGGAGGUCACGACACAUGCCAAGGAGACAGUGGAGGCCCACUACUUUGUAGGGAGCCGAAUAAUCUGAACAAGUGGUAUGUGGCAGGCAUAGUUAGCCAUGGUGAAGGAUGCGCGAGACCAAUGGAGCCCGGUGUGUACACUAGAGUGGCGUUAUACAUGGAGUGGAUCAUUAGCGUCACUGGUAAAUUAAAAUAACAUUUGUAUUGCUAUUAUUUUUCCAAUACAAAAUUUAAAUUCGAUUAAUCAAUGUUAGAGGAUGACCAUUUGACCGAUGUACUACGUCCUCAACAGAAUUGUCCAGGAAUCCGAUGUAAAACCGGAAGACACUGUAUACCGACUAAACGCCAGUGCGAUAAGUACGUGGACUGUAUGAACGCGGAAGACGAACAAAAUUGUGAUUAUACCGGUUCUCAGUAUCAUGUAAAUUUGUAUCGGUCGAUAAAUACAGACCAUAGUAAUUUGAAAUACAGUCAGUUGAAAACUGCAGAAGAAGCGUCUACGGAUGUCACGGCAGUAACCACCAAAAGCCCCGGGCUGUCAUCAACAGUGGUGUUUCAAAACACGAAAACAACAUCACCAAAGCCUAAUUUCAAAACGACUCUUCGUCAGAACGAAUACUUGAAAGUGGAAACGUCAAUGGUCAAAGUUACAUCAAACAAAACCAAUAUUACGUUAGGUCAAAACGAUCAACUUUAUAACGUUUUUUUAAAACAGUUAUUAGACAAUCAGUUUACCGAAAAAACUUUCAGCUGCAGAAGGUAUUGUAUAAUGAAAAAUAUGUAUAUUUUUUUUAUCAAUAUUAAUUACUUUCGUCGAUUGAUACCAGAAUAACGCAAGUGGUGUUGUUGAACUACCGGUGUGAUGGGAAAGUAGACUGCGAAGACGGGACGGACGAAGAGGCGUGCGACUGUAAGACGAGAUUAGUGAACAUGUACAAUUCGUCGGCCAUUUGCGACGGGGUCGUGGACUGUCACGGCGGUGCGGACGAAACGACAUGCGGUGUGCCAAUGAAAUGCAAAAGUGAUGAGAUGAUUUGCGAUAAACCAAAUAAAUGCGUGAAAAAGAGCGCGUGGUGUGACGGAAUCAUAGACUGUCACAAUGACGGAAGUGACGAGAAAUAUUGCAGUAAGAAUUGGAUACCUUUAUAAUUAUUAAAUAACUUAUUAUGGCAUUCAAAUUUAACAAACAAACCACCCAGUUACCUUUAUAUACAUAUAUACAUAUUAUGUAUUAUACGAUAAUUCCAAAAUUAUUUUUCAGCGACAAUCACUAACGGUACUACAGCCGUGGUGACAGACGCCAUUGGACGGCUAGAGUUACGGCGGUCAGGCAUGGUGGCCGAAAACAGAAACGGGGUCUGGAAGGUGCGGUGUGUAGAUGAAAAUACGGCUUCGAUUAUCUCACAUGAAACCUGCUAUAAACUAAAUUUCAUGUAAGUAUACUCCUGAUACGUUAUAACAAUAUUUCUGUACGCGUAUUUCAUUUUUCUGUUAAAACUCGAUGGGGUCUUUUAACGGAACGUUUCUUUUCGCUACCGUAGGGGUUCGGUAUACCACACGAGAAAAAUGGCAUGGAAUAAUCCGCUGCCGCUGAACUUGAGUAAACUGGCGAUCGCCGCUGAUAUCUGCCAAGGAGUUUACGUGGAAUGCGGUGCCAGGGUAACGGUCGACACAAGACUGUACCAUUGGCACGUCAACGUCGUAGUUGACGGAAAGCUCGAGAGGACCGGAGUGUUGAUACACGACUCGUGGGUGCUCGUUAAAAGAACUGCUGCGGAUUUAGAGUACCUAUACCUUCCUAACUAUACUCGAAUAAUAUAUAUUUGAUCCCAGGGAAUUAGGGUUUAAGUCAAUUUCGUAGUUUUCAACAUAAGUAAAUGGAAUUUUGAAAAUACGUCAUAUGUGUACUAAUGCUAUACUUAAACCAAAAAAUGAAGGGGAUAAAUUACGUAAGAAAAAAUUUAACAAAAUUCAAAAAUCGACUUAAGCGCUUCUUUCUCGAGAUCAAAUAUAAUAUAGCCGUUAAGAAAAUGUCAAAUAAAAUAACCUUUUUUUCAUUACACAAUCUAAUCAAGUUUGAAGAAAACGUACGUGAUAGCGGUGCUGGGUAGCGGUGCGUAUUCUAGCAUUUGGAUCAAGUCGCCGUACGAACAGGUCGUGCGGGUCGACGGGAUUAGACAAAUGUCUGAAUCUGAUUUCGACAUGCUUCAUUUGGCCGUUCCAGCGACCGUCACCCGGGGCGUCACGCCGUUGGACAUUCCGAUGUUUCAACCGACGCCUGGACCACACCACACGUGCUACGCUAUCGGCUGGUCGGACGACCGAGGCGACAGAACCGAAACCGCUCGUUUGCGGCCAGACACGACACCGUGCGACGACGGUCACAUAUGUUUUACCGUAUCGCAAAAGCCCCAAUCGUGUUCGGUAAUAUAAUAAAACGAUACUCCAUUAUUAUUAUUUCUUUGGUCUCAGGGAACAAGGGUUCAAGUCAGUUGUAGGCACUUUUCGAUUUUGUUUUUUACCAUUUUUUCUAAUGUAAUUAUUUUACCUCUAUUUUUCGAUCUAAAUGGCAUGAGUAUAAUGUAGGUAUGUUCUAACACGUGUUAUACACGUGCCAAUUAAAAUAUAUUAUGUCACUGCGUUAUACUUACUUUUUGUUAGGCAAGAGAUGCAUCAUAAGUCAUAUUUAUUAUAUAGAAAUUGGUUAGCCAUUUAGUAAUUAUGUCAUUAUGCCGUUUAGAAAUAUUUUUGUUUUCGAAACAAAAUUUACAGCUUGUAUUGAAAACUAUGUACAAUUGAUUUAAACCCUUCUCUCUUAGGACCAAAUAUGUUUGCAUUUAUUAUGACAUACAAUUCGAUAGUUAGAAAGUAAAUUAGGACUUUGAUUUUCAAAUAAUUGUUUAGGAGACCCAAAAAAACAGAAUUUGUAACAUAUACACUUUGUUAAGGCAAUGAGCAAAUUUCCGCCUAAACCUAAACAACUGUCGCUUACUCCUUCAAGAAAUUAUCGCUUACGCUCUAAUAAAAUUAAAAUGGAUGUGCAAUUACGCCGUUCAUGAUAUAAUAAUAGUAUAUACAUAAAAAUCUAUAUUUUUAAAAAAAUAAUAAUUUACGCCAUUUGGCCAUUUUAUAUCAUCUAACCUCGUAACACAAUAGUAAUAUGUUAAUUCUAAUUUGAUUAUAACAUUGUUCAGGACGGAAAAAAUACGUCUCACGUGACCGCGGUUGUCUGCGAGUCGAUCAUCGGCCUGUUCCUGGCAGCACCGGUUAUUCAGCACACCGUAAACUUUUGCGACAGUAAAACACGCAUUCAACUGCCCGAGGCUGAAAAUUUAAUUAACCAGAUUGUGGACAUUCUCGGUAAAUAUAUUGCACAGCUGACCGUCGUUUCGGUUAACAGGAGGCAUUUUCAAAAUAUUAUUAUCGGUUUUGUGCGUUUAUAGACUGCGAAUUCAUAAAACCGACACCGGCGCCCGUUUGCAACGGCAACCGUUGUAAACUCGGCGAAUGCGUACCGUGGGAAAAAGUGUGUGACGGCAUACCCAAUUGUCGAGACGAAGAAGACGAAAUGAUUAAAAUGUGUAAAGCAAGAACCGAUAAAUGCAAAACCAACGACACCCUAUGCAGUAAUUAAACAUAAUUGCGAUUUUUUUUUUUUUUCUAAAUAACGCUAAAAAUGUUAAUAUUUUUACGUUAAUACGUUAAUACUUUAAUAUACAAUAUUAUAAUUAUACCCAUAACGUUAUAAUUUAAAUCACCAUUUAAUUACAUCUGUGAUUAUUUUACACGUACAGCGUACUUACCUAAUUUAUAAUGCGUACUACGAAUAAGUAAUGCGUAUAAUAUAAUAUUUUCUUUUUUUAGUAUGCGACGUGGGCAGUUUCCGUUGUGCCAACGGCAAGUGUGUAGAGAAAACUACGUUUUGCAAUGGAAUCAACGACUGCGGUGACGGAACCGAUGAACCGAAAAACUGUCAGAAAAACACAUGCGUCGAAUAUCUUAAGCUCACUGCCCCGGAAAGGUUGUGCGACGGACGUUGGGAUUGUUUGGACAAGACGGACGAGGAGUUCACCAACUGUCCAGGUUACUGCAAUAAAACGAACGUUUAUCAAUGUCAAUCGUAAGUAUAAUAAUAGUAAAGAAAAAAAAAGCUAAUAUUGCUAAUGAUUGAACCGUUAUAUAUUGUUGGUGAGAAGUCAGGAAGGUGGGGUACAGAUCAAUUUAAUUUAUAUCUAUACGUGGCAAUUAAUCAUUGGUAACAAAAAAUGAUUCUGAGCGAAGCUGGAUAUUAAGCAUAGAAAAUUGUACCACAUCAAGAAAAUAUUAAUAUUAGUAUUCUAUGAAAUUGUCAAGACCCUAUGAUUACUAUUAACUGAAAAAAAAAAAUUGAAAUAACAGAAACUGUUGUGUGUAAAUUUCCCCGUUGUUUUCAGUUUUUCUCAGUUAUCAAGAAAACUAUGGGAAAAGUAAAAUAAUAACCUUUUCAGUGGACUAACUAUACAAAAUGUAAUAUCGGAAACAACCUCUGAAGAAGAUUUAUGACAAACAUUUUUUUCACAAACAAAAUAAAUAAUUAUAAAAAAUAGUACACAUCAUAAUAAAACCAAUACAUUUAUCGAUUCGCUAAAAAUCUAAAAAAAAUAAUAAAUGUUAUCUGGAAUAAUUUUAAAUUUUUUAAACUAUGCAUAUAAUGAUAAUAAUUCAUAGCUCUUCUGAACUAGAUUCCGUAUUUGUCUUGGUAUGAAGUAUUUACAGUACUUAUUUUACACAUCUUAAAGUAAAACUUAUAUACAAUAAUACAUGCCUAACUUCGCCCACAAUCUAAAAUAUGAAAAUAAAUUUUAAAAAUAAUACUUAAGUAUUGUUUUACUUGUCUUAUAUUAUAUUAUGCAUGUAGAUCAAAUAAAUGCAUAUCGUCGGAAAAUGUAUGCGACGGUGAAGGAGAUUGUCCCGAAUCUGACGACGAGGCUGAAUGUCUCGGAUUAAUACAUCCGACUAGAAGAAAUUAUGCCAAGUACGUAUUACUACAACAAUUUAAUUUACUUAUUUCUAUAUGCUUAUGGAAGAACAAUAAAUUUCAUACAUUUCAUGGCAAGCACGGUUUAAAUUUAUCUCUAUUUACUAGGCCGUAAUAAUGAGGCUGGGGCUGUAUAUACUGCGAAAUAGGUUUAAAUCAAGUCGGCCAUACGAUUUCGUUGCCGGGUAACGAUUAUUUUCUUUAUACUGAACUUAUACUGAACCUCCGGUUAAAUUUUCAAGCAAUUCCGUUAAACAAUUUUAUCCUAAGAGUAUUUCUAAAAUAAAAAUUACGGAAUAAAAUUUAAAUUAAAUAAAAAUAAAAAUAUUUAUUAAUAGCUCAAAAAUGGCUUAAAUAAUUUUAAUAUUCAUCCAUGUCUAUAAAACGCAAACUUAAGUUUUCUGUACAAACUUUAAGUCUCUACGAAUAUGUUUAACUGAAUAAUAUCAAAAAAAAGAAAUUAAAAAUUAUUUUGAAAAAUGUUCCCGUUCUUUCUAUCUACGUUUUUUUCAGUUUUGCUCAAUCAUUAAAAAAAACUAUAGAGAAAAUCAAAAACGAUUUUCUUAAUCAACAUUAAAAUGCAAUAAAAAAAGGGUCUCUUGUCAUUUUUCGAUUAAUUCAAUAUUUCUGGUAGAAAACAUUGUGCGUAAAAGUUUAAAAUAAUGAAAACGUACACCGUAAAUUUGUUCGUUUUAAUUUUUUGUCUUUUUUCGGUUUUACCCAAUUACCUAUUAUAAAAACAUCAUGGAAGAUCAAAAAAUAACUUUUUUCUAGAGCAUCCAGACUCAAAGUGUAACAAAAAAGGUUUUGUUGGAUUUUUUGAUUAAAACAAUAUUUCUAGCUAUUAAAUAUUAAAUACAACGGUACAAACGACAAAUAUUGCGCAUACUAUCUAGCCGACGACGGGCGUCUUAUUAUAUUAUUUAAAUAAAUAAAUAAUGGACUAUUAGUAAUAGUUUUUAAAAAUUAAUUAUAUAUAAUUACAUUAAACAUAAUAGGUUACCUAUAAAACCCGACCAAGAGUACGUAAUAAUAAUUAUUUAAAAAUGUAAUAUAAUAGUUGUCCCUAAAAAUCGUAGUUGUUAACUUUUAUAUUGACUUUUUUGCGUACCUACUAAUAUUCCAAAGUCGUGUCAUGAUUUUAUUAUUGUGUUGUUAUAUAAAUACAAUAUAAUAUAUAUGCCCAAUAUAUGAAUUUUUAACCGGAGGGGACGUAGCAAAUAAUAGAAUUGUGAAUAAAUCGUAAAAUCACCUUCUAGCUCUACUCGACUAGACCCUGAAAAAAGCCAAUUUCUAAUCAACACAUCGAGCUUUUUUUCGUGACUUAGCUGAAAUAUUAGCAUUUCGAUAUUAUAGACCCUCCCCUGUGCACACCACUGAUAUAUAGUUAUUAUUACUUCAUUUUGCUUCAACUUAUUUAUACGAAACAGUAUUGUCAAUAUUAGCGACAAUAAAAAACAAACAUCGCUUCAGAAUGAAUGUCGAAGCAGAUUUAAGAGUGGCAGUUUCAAAUAUAAAACCCAAUUCAAAUUUAAUUAUGUCUACAAUUCAACCACAAGGGUCUCAAUGUCUCAUUAAAUCAUGCAGUUUUAUAAUUUAAAAUUAUUAAUUAUAAGUAUAACAAUUUCGUUAUUUUUUUUUUUAUGUUUUGAAAUCAAAAUGUUGAAUAAAUUAAAUUAAACAAAUAUUAAAAUUGCCUAAAUAUAACGAUUUAAUUUAUACGACUAUAAUUAUUGUAUACAUUAAGUAAAUAUAUACGUAUUAUACACUUAUGUAAUGUUAAUAGGAUGGGGGAAUCGCCUCAUCGAAAUAAAUUAAUGUGGGGGGCCGUGGACCAAAAAAUAUUGCGCACCACUGAGCUAGUACACCAAAAAUUUCAUUAUCAGUAACUUACUAACGAAAUUCGUUAUUAAUGUCCUUUAAGUAAAUGUAAUUUUCUCUUUUCAGUUAUUCAAUUUAAAUUGAUAAAAAUAAUAAAAUUACUGAUAACUGGUACCUAUUUUCUAGGGGGCCCUGUCUUAAAAUGUUUAAAAAAAAGGGCCUACCAGAAUUUCCCGGUAUCCCUGUAGCCCAAUACGUGCCUGCACACAAUACAUAAUCGUGAAUCAUGAUACUUGAUGUCACUGGACAACUUGUACAUUUAUUUGCACGUUACUUAAAAUAUUUUCUACUUAAUACCUAUACAAUUUGAUGAACAUAAAUAUAUAUUACUGCAGUAUUUUUACCAAUGAUAUCAUAAUUUAAAACAUUAUUUUUAGAAACGAAGGCGUUUUGGCGAUAAGAUCCUAUGGAAAUUGGCACGCGCAGUGUAUAACCGAAGACUACACCAAUGUCAAUUACCAAUCGCUAUGCAAAGGAUUGGGAUUCAAAUACGCGGUGGGCAUUAAAAAAGUAACUACCGCUAAAGUAGAAUUUGAAAACUUCAUGAUUGUUCAGCUGAAUCCUAAAACAGACGUCGCCAUUAGAUCGGCGACUAAAAAUAUUCUACAGUUCUCGGGCCACACAUGUGUGGCUGUAUAUGUGGUCUGUUCCAGUUCAUAGACGUCUACGUAUAUAGUAUAAAUUAUUCAUGUAUACCUAUCUAGUUCACUCCCUUUUUUUUUUUUUUAUAUAUAAAUUACUGUAUAAGAAAAGUAUACUAGCGGUAAAUAUAAUCAUAUUUAAAGACAUCGGAUUAGUUUUAAGGAAAGGUUAAUAAAUAUUGUACAUUUAUAAUUUUAUGAAAACUUACAAUAUUGUAUUGCUCUAAAGAUUGCCUCUAAUAUAUUAAUAAAGUAUUAAAAUAAUUACAUCAUACAAAAUGUAGGUAUAGAUGUAUAAUUAUAUUAUAAUGUUUAAAGGUAUAUAGCAAACUAAUAUUGUUGUGCCUACUUAUAACAUGACGUAUUGUGCAAUUUUCUAUAAUACACAUAUGUAUUACAAGAUUAUAAUAUUAUUAUAUAGUUAUUUAGUAAGAAAGUUGUAAUAAAUUAUAAAUUGAAUAGGUUAAAUAUCUUUAUUGAAUAAUAUGAAUUAAAUAAUAAUGUUUUACAUUACAAGAUCUGCAUCUAAAAUUCUUAUACACUUAUACAAAAAUAAAUGUAUUUUAAUAAAUUUAUAUUUGUAUUAAAUUAUAGUAUUAGUACCUAUCUACUUCAGAUUAUUUAUUCCCAAGUCUUAAAGACUUAAUAAAUAUAUAGGGCUAAAUUCAUCAACAUAAGUAAUGUUACAUUUAUUGUUG